AUGGAGAAAAGAGAAAGUUGUGGUGGGUCUGGAUCAGGAGAUUCAGAGGUGAGAAAAGGGCCAUGGACGAUGGAAGAAGAUUUGAUUCUCAUCAAUUACAUCGCCAAUCAUGGUGAAGGUGUUUGGAACUCUCUCGCCAAAUCUGCAGGGUUUUUUCGUUGGGUUAACGAUGAAAUAGGGUUUGGUCUUCACCUUGAAGAACUGAAGAUAUAA